GUGGAAGCAAAAGAAAAAGAAAAAUAAGAAUGGCGGCUAAAAUUUGCUGCUCACUCGCACUUAUGAAAAUAUCAUCAUCAUCAUCAUCAUCAUCAUCAUCACACCAUUAUUAUCUCACAUCAAAUUCCAUAUUCAUCAACAAUCAAUUCUCCCGCUUCUUAUCCUCAACAUCUUCAUCAUUAUCACGCCAUUACAAGCCAUUAGUAUUCGCAUCGUAUCGUUUUCCACGACGUUCCAUCCAAGCAGAUGAUGAUAGUAGUAGAAGUAGUAAGUUCGGGGAAGCAGUGGGAUUAUUCAACAGCAGGGAAUAUUAUGGGUGCCAUGACAUUCUAGAAGAUAUAUGGAAUGAUUCUGAAGAUCCUGCUAUUCGAUCACUUGUCCAUGGGAUUUUGCAAUGUGCUGUUGGUUUUCAUCAUCUCUUCAAUCAGAACCAUAAAGGUGCAAUGAUGGAGAUGGGAGAAGGAUUAUGCAAGUUGCGAAAAUUAAAUGUAGAUGAUGGGCCUUUUCAUCAGUUUGAGAGGGACAUGACUGCAGUUUUGGAAUUCAUAUACCAAACACAGUUAGAGUUUGCUGCCUGUAGCGACGACAUGUGUGUUGCUAUGGAUCAAUCAGAGACUUCAUACAAACUUCUUGGUGGUUAUGGUGCUGGUCAGCAUUUGUAUUGGUUAGAAAUGGAUGGGUCUGCGAGUUUAUAUAUUGUUUUUUCCCCUGAUAGAUCGAAUACUAGCGGUGACCGACCAAGGGUAAGACUUCCGAUUCUUUACGCUACUCAAGAACAUCUUAUGGAGCUGGAGCAUACUUGACCAUUUAUAUGCACAAACCACCUGUAAGUUUAUUAGUAUAGAAUAUUUUUCGGGUCAUAAUACCCAAUUACAUUUAAUUGCAUAUAUUUAUACGUAUAUAUAAAUGAAUGUCUAAGUAAUUUGUGAACAAUGUUUUAGCUCAUUAAUAUACGUCAAAGUAUCAAAAAAUUGAACAA